AGCUACAAGCGUGUAUAUAUUAACGCUACCCACAUCCCCUUCCGUCUCUCUCGAUUGAAUUUUGAUUUUUCUGAUUAGAAGCAGCAAGCCCUACCUCCAACCCUAACCCUAAAUUUUCCGGCACUUUCGUUCCUCUUCCUCGGUUUCUUUCGUUGGAUUCUUUGAAAUUGUUAGCAAUUUGCUGGAUUUGGGGUGGAUUGCUGCUUAGGGUUUUCCAUCUUUCACAUAUAAGAUGCACUUCCGGCCAUCAUUUUACCAUAAUGCAGUAUUUGAGUUGGAUAUUGAUUCUAUAUGGACACCAAGCGGUUCAUGCAGCUUGUUGAGGAGAAAAAGAAGAAAAUCAUGGAGAAAAAGGAAGCUCCUUUGAAGUGGGAGCAGAAGCUGGAAGCUGCUUCCAGAGCAAAGGCUGAUGCUGAAGCUAAAGAGAAGAAGCUGAAGGCUGCAAAACAUAAGAAGAGAUCGAGCUCUGGUACGGAAAGUGAUUAUGAUACCGAUGAUGAGAGUAAAAGGGCUAGUAAAAGAUCUCAUAGGAAGCACAAGAAGCAUUCUCACAUAAGUUCCAAACGGAAGACAAAGAAGCGGUCUUCAGAGUCUAGCGAUUUUAGUAGUGAUGACUCUGUAAGUAGCUCUGAAGAGGAGAGGAGGAGAAAGAAGAGGCAAAGGAAGAAGAUAAGAGAUCAAGGUUCAAGACCAGAUUCCAGUGAUUCUGAUUCUUAUGCUGAUGAAGCCAACAAGAGGAAAAGGCGGCACAAGCGACAUCAUCCAUCAAAAUUUAGUGAUACUGACAUCUCUAGUGACGAGGGAGAUUGGUCUGAUCGGAAGAGAGGUCAUGGAAAGCAUUACAAACGCCGCCGCCACUCGGAAUCUAGUGAGUCUGAUUUGUCGAGUGAUGAAAGUGAUGAUAUUCACAGGAAGAGAAGCCACAGAAGGCACCAUAAGCAUAAUAGGCGUUCACAUAAUACUGAGGUGAGGUCAUCUGAUUCUGAUUAUCAUGGGCAUGGUGGAAAAUACAGAUCGUAUGAGAAGUCCUCGGAUGAAAAUUCUGAAGAAGAAAGCAAAAGAUCAAUGCAUAAACGUUCUGGACCUCAUCACCAUCACCAUCACAACCAUCACCAUUUCAAUAAACACGAACCCUGCUUGGAUGAUGAGAGAAAUCACUCACUCCAUCUACCAAAAAUCAAUGGAAAGCAUGAGGAGGAAUUUGCUAAAACUGGAGCUUAGAGAAAAGAUUGGUCAUCAUGAAGGCAGACCUAUGCCUGAGAAUAUUGCUGGAGGAAUUGCUUGUUUUAUAAUAAUCUAUGUUCUGUUGCAGGUUAAAAAAAACAUGUUUGGUUACCGUUAUUGUUCUUCAUGGGAUUUGGUUGUGCUUAUCCCGUACUUAUUCCAGUGAACAAUUUUCAUCAUUGUUUGAUGUCUGUUGUGAUGUCCGCAGUAUUAUUGAUUAUGUAAACUGAUCUUGAACUAUUAUUGUUGGUGGUACUAAUUUUAUUCUCUUAUUAAUCAGCUAUAAGCUUUUACAGUUGAAGGUUA